GGUGAUUACCGACGAGUCUUCGAAUCCCUUUCCCCGGACGCCAUUGUCGACGAUUUCUCCAAAACAGCAGUAACCCUUUUUUCUCCGGCAAUUUCCCUCUGCCGUCCGGAAAGAAUUCCCUCGCCUCCUCCCUCUUCUCCAGUUCUUUGUAGGGAACCUGCGAACCCUAGCUUUUCUUAUCAAUCGGCGAACUCGCGUUCUCCAUUUGGCUGCUGCUGGCUCUGCGCCUCAUUGCUGGCCCGAAUUCCUCGUCGACAACGAACCGCAGGAACAGCAUCUCUGUUGCAAAGCUCUGGUUCCACGGUGAGAUUGAUGGGUGAGGAGGGAAAAUCGAGAGCUAGCUAGCUAGUUUCACUUCUUUAGGUGGUGGAUCUGUGAGUUUCAUUCAUUGCUUCAGAUUGAACAGUACAGAUCAGAGAUUAGAAAGCUCCAAGAAUCUGAA